GAGUCAAAGGUCAGGAAGCAGGAGUCAAAGGUCAGGAAGCAGGAGUCAAAGAUCAAGAAGCAGGAGUCAAAGGUCAGGAAGCAGGAGUCAAAGGUCAGGAAGCUGGAGUCGAAGGUCAAGAAGCAGGAGUCAAAGGUCAGGAAGCAGGAGUCAAAGAUCAAGAAGCAGGAGUCAAAGGUCAGGAAGCAGGAGUCAAAGGUCAGGAAGCUGGAGUCGAAGGUCAAGAAGCAGGAGUCAAAGGUCAGGAAGCAGGAGUCAAAGGUCAGGAAGCAGGAGUCGAAGGUCAGGAAGCAGGAGUCAAAGAUCAAGAAGCAGGAGUCAAAGGUCAGGAAGCAGGAGUCAAAGGUCAGGAAGAUGCUGACCAGCAGGCAGGUAAUGCUCCUGCACCCAUGGGAAGCAAGCAUGGGCAGAGCUGA